AUGGCGGCCUCUACACAGCUCGCUUACCGAACUCUCAAAGGGAUUGGCAUCAUGGAUGCCGCCCCUGUUUAUGAGCCUCUGUCGGGCUUUGUCAGACCUGAGGGGAAUCUUCGCUGCAGCGCUUACUCUCCAUGUGGCCGUUACUUCGCAUGGGCAUCUCCUGAAAGAGUCACGAUUAUUGAUCCCUCAGUCGGUAAUGUCAUCGCUACUAUCGACGCUGAGAACGUAUUCGAGCUGGGCUUUUCCCCGCUUGGUACCUAUGUGAUCACCUGGCAACGGGCUACCAAGGACGCUAAUGGCGAUGCUACAAAGAACCUUAAGGUUUGGCGUGCUAUUGAGAGUGGAGAUGAGCACUCGAUCGUGGGUCAGUUCGUCCAGAAGUCGCAGACAGGCUGGAACCUGCAAUACACUCCUGACGAGAAGCUUUGCGCCCGUGUUGUGACCAAUGAGGUCCAGUUCUACCAGAGCGACAACCUGUCAACUGUCUGGAACAAGCUACGUGUGGAGGGAGUGACAGACUUUGCUCUUUCGCCUGGACAGACCCAUUCGAUUGCGGUGUUUGUUCCGGAGCGCAAGGGCCAACCCGCUCAAGUGAAGGUGUUCAUUGUGCCACAGUUCAGUUCCCCAGUCUCUCAGAAGAACUUCUUCAAAGGCGACAAGGUCCAACUCAAGUGGAACUCCUCUGGAACCACUGUGAUUGUGCUUGCGCAGACUGAGGUUGACCGCUCUGGUAAGAGUUACUACGGCGAGACCACGCUGUACUUGCUCAGUUCCAGUGGUGCUUUUGAUUCCCGCAUCGAUCUUGAUAAGGAAGGACCCAUUCACGAUGUGACCUGGAACCCUAACUCCAAGGAGUUCGGUGUUGUUUACGGUUACAUGCCAGCCAAGACGACUAUUUUUAACGCACGUGGUGUCCCUACUCACAACUUCCCUCUGAGCCCUCGGAACACUAUUCUGUUCUCCCCUCACGGCCGCUUCGUUCUGGUUGCCGGUUUCGGUAACCUGGCAGGCCAGAUGGAUAUCUACGAUAUGGAAAGAAACUUCCACAAGAUUGCCACCGUCGAGGCAUCCAACGCCAGUCUCUGCAACUGGUCGCCAGAUGGACAGUACAUUCUGACCGCUACCACUAGCCCACGUCUGCGUGUUGACAACGGCAUCCGGAUCUGGCACGUUGCCGGUGGCCUUAUCUACAGCGAGGAAAUGACCGAGUUGUACGAUGUUACCUGGCGGCCCCAGGGCAUCAACCAGCACCCCCUGGGUGAUCCAUUCACCAAGCUGCCCGUUCCCCACGCCUCAGCCACUGCGUACCUGAGUACAAAGAAGGCACCUGUCAAGCCUGCUGGCGCUUACCGCCCUCCUGGUGCUCGCGGGCAGUUGACUCCCCUUGCCUUCAAGCGCGAAGACCAAGGCGGUGCCGCCUAUGUUCGCGAUGGCGCCCCCGGCGCUGGCAUGAACGGCUUCGGAAAGCCCCGCCGUCGUGAGGUUCCUGGUGCCGAACCUGUUGAGGAGUACCUGCCGCCUGGCGCAGCUCCUGGCGGAGGUCGCGAGGCCAAGAAGGCACGUGAAGACGGCACCGAUAACCAGCCGCCCCCGAACGCUCCCACUGGUCCUAGCCCUGAUCGCAACCGUUCUCGUGGCAAGAACAACGGCGGAGCCGUGAAUGGAAACGGUGCUGCUCCCAAGCAGGUUGCCCCUACUUCUCCCCCAUCCCCUCCCCCCGCCCCUGUCGCCCCUGUCGACCAGUCAGCCCAGGAUAAGAAGGUCCGUGGUCUGCUGAAGAAGAUUCGCGCCAUAGACGAGCUUAAGAUGCGUCUUGCUGGCGGUGAGAAGCUUGAAGAUACUCAGAUGAAGAAGAUUCAGACUGAGGAUGCAGUCCGCAAGGACCUGGAGGCCGUUGGGUACAGCGGUUAA